CGUUUUCGGCAUAUGCGGUCAACAUGCUGGUCCACGCCACCACGUCCUUGACCGGCAUCCGGUCAAAGAGAUCUCUCGCCUCGCCAAGAUGCCGCUGCUGAGCAUAUGCUGUUAUCAUUGCCGUCCACGUCACCACGUUGGGAUCUGGCAUCUUCUCAAAGAACCUUCUCGCUUCCUGGAGAUUCUCAUGUUUGGCGUAGGCGGUGAUGAUAGAGUUCCAGGCCACGCUGUUGGGUUGUGGAAUCCCCUCGAAGAUCUUCCGCGCUUUCUCCAGAUGCCCGUUCUCGGCAAAUGCCACGAGAGCGAUAUUCCAGGUGUAGCAAUUGGGCUCGUGAAUUUGAUCCAGGACAAUCCGGGCGUCCUCGAUGCUGUGGCACUUGCCGUACAUUUCAAUCAGGAGGUUUUUCAGGAAGCGAUCGUUGCGAUGCGCGCUGUGGAUUACCAGCGAGUGGAUCCGCCGUGCCUCGAGCAGAUCCCUGGAGAUAGCGCACGAUUUGAUAAGCUUGGCAUAGUGUGCCGGGGCAAACUUCUCGUCCGGGCUCUCGAUUCCACCGAGAUUUGGGGCGCGCGCUACGACCAUGGAGAAGAAGAAGACCACGUCAGCAUCCCUGCCGAGUCAUCGCCGCGUCGUGGGCCAGGUCAGGUCCGCGUCAGCAUUCCUGCCGAGUCAUCGCCGCGUCUUGUGCCAGGUCAGAGUCCGCGUGGGAAUCCUUUUUCUUUGACAUUUUUCUCUUUCGCAGAUUUAGGUUUUGGGUGUUUGGGGGAAGUCGCGGAGCCAAUUUGGCAAGAGAAUGACGACAUCCAAGCGACUGGCCGACAAGAAGAUCCAGAAAUUCCAGAAGAACAUCUUCAAGCGGGGCGCGGUGCCCGAAUCGAGCAUCAAAAAGGGCAACGCGUACCCAGUUGGCCCAAUUGUUCUAGGGUUCUUCAUUUUCGUGGUCAUCGGCUCAGCGUUGCUACAGAUCAUUAGGACAGCGUCCGGUGGCGGCCCAUAGAUCCAACGAUGAUCACUAGAGCCCGUUUAGGAAGAAAGUUGAAUAAGAACUAAGGACUACCAGAAUAUGCUGUAGAACCCAUUUAAUGGACGGAAAAUACUUUAGCAUAAACCACGUCUUGUUGGAAUGUGCUCAAUUUA